AUUCCAUCCCGCUGUCUGUGAACAUCGACUGCCAUCUCCAAGCUGCAAAAUGAGAGGUGGGCGUCUCUAUGGUUUCCUAUAUGACAGGGAAGCAUACAGUAUAUUUAGGCUCCAGAGUUGUUGAAUGAGGACAGAGGAGUUAAGCUUUUGGUCUAGAGUAGCCAAGGGGGUGCACGACUCCUGUCCUGGAGGGCAGCAGUCCUGCUGCUUUUUGUAAGGGGAAAUGGGCUCCGCUAGGGUACAAUUUAAAAUAUCACUGGAACAUGCUGCUAGAUCAGGUAGUCUAUGAGAGAUUCAAGUUACAACGACUAUUCAAUGGCUCUUAUAUUUAUACUUUCCCUAUUCAAAUACAGUCUGUUCGGUUGUGAGUAGUGUUGAUUCUCUCUGCAUGCACCAUUUGUCUAAGAUAGUGUGUCGCUGCAGGUGUGUGUACAGUAUAUGGAAGAGUGCAUACUGUGGUGUAACUGUGUGCUUUACUCUCUCCAUCACUGUAACUAACAUGCUCUCUUCUCCUACAGCUAUCGUACUGCUGUGGUUGCUGGGGGCCGCUCUGGCCAAUGAAUACAGCUGGAAUAGCCCUGGAGAGACUACAAAGGAUCCCAAAACAGAGAACUGUAAGGGAGGGAGGGAGAGAGAGAGAGAGAGAGAGAGAGAGAGGAGAGAGAGAGAGAGAGAGAGAGAGAGAGAGAGAGAGAGAGAGAGAGUAGGAAGGGGAGAAAGGGAGACACACUGAACACAUUGAGGAUGGCAUCAGCAAGGAGUGUUGAGAACCACUGUCUAAUCCUUUGUCCUGUCUGUGUGUCUGUUCAUCUGUGUGUCUGUGUCCACACAGUGUGUCUGACGGACCAGGCCUCCUGCGGCUGCUGCCUGAUGCAAAAGCAGAUGUGGAGGAUGGAGCAGUUCUUCAACAUGAGUCUGAACGAGCUGCAGAGUGGCCUGGAGAAGGCAAAGGCCGUGCUCAACAAAGUCCGCGGUGAGACCACCUGACCGCAACCACUAUCAACAUCCAUCUCCAUUACCACCUCAAAACUGGCCAAUGUGUUACACUCUGACUGGAAACCAUUUGGCUUGCUGUUAUUUUGUCUCAUUGUUUAUUAAUUUCUCUAUCUUUCUAUCUCUCACUCUUUCCACCUGCAGCUAGCCGCAGUGCCUUCUCCGUGGCCCUGACCAACACACGACGUUGCGAGGGCCCCUUCCGUGAAGCUAAGACCAUCAUUUACCAGCACGUCUUCAUCAACCUGGGCGAGGGCUACAACAACCGCACCGGCAUCUUCACUGUGCCCCGCUCCGGUGUCUACAGCCUGGCCCUGACUGUGUACAGCGACUCGGGCGCCCCCGGCGCCACCCUGGUCGCCUGCGCCAACCUGAUGGUGAACGGGCGCCAGGUGUUGAGCUGCAGCGAGCAGAACCAGCAGGACCAGGAAGACAGCACCAGCGCGGUGAUGGCCGUCCAGCUGCAGGCCGGGGACAAGUUGUCUGUCACCCUGCCCAUCGGAUGCUUCCUGUGCGACGACCAGAGCCACUACAACACCUUUACCGGCUUCCUGCUCUACGCCACCGACUAAGACUGAGCUGAAGCUGCUGAGACUACCGCACCCCAUCACCUUCGCCCUGUCUUUAACUCCUUUGCCCAGUCCUGCUUCUGGAAGGGAACUUGGAGCUGGUCUUGAGGCUCUGUGAUGAGAAUGUGAUCAGGGGCCAGUUCCUCCAGUGAAUGUCAAUCAGAACCCCAUUAAUCUUUCCAGGACCAGAACUAGGCUACCCCAGCCUUGACCUUCCCCCCAACCACUUUGGGUAACAACUUCUUACCCAGUCAAGUUAUCCGGUGAUGUAUACUGUGAUGGGAAAAAUCAAUUUGCAUGUGUUUGAAAAAAUUGAAAAUAAACCAUGAUUAUAC